UUAUACUAUGGGAAAAAGUCCAUAUUAAAGCGUUGUAAAGAUUUUGUUUCUAUAGCGUUGUGUUUAUAUUCCGUAACUAAAGAAAAUACGGCGUCAGUUAUUGUGACGGUAUCAGCAGGCUGUGUCAGAGGCUGCAGUACAAGUCAGUGGAACAGAACUUGCUGUCAGAAGCUGUAGUAGACAGUGUGGUGAAGGAGGAGGAGGAGGAGGGUGAUGAAGGAGGGCGUCAUGGGGGAGGUGGACAAGAAGUACAUGCCCUUCUGGAAGUGGUGGGUCCAUCGUAGUGAGUCGACCCCUUCCCUGGACCACAAGACCAACAAACGCACGGCAUCAAAGUUCAGCAGAGACAACACCAGCAGCAGCAGCAGCAGACAUGUCAUGUCCUCGGAGGAGCUCUAUGAGAGGCCGAGAGAGAGUGAGAAAGGGGUAAAGUCUACUGAGGAACUCUUCCUCAGAUCCCUCGAGGACGGAAACCCAUUGGGGAGGACGGACGGGGUAGACGAGGCACUGUCUCCGGAGAGCUACAGACGGUACUCCACCAGUCAGCUGUCAAGGAGGCCGUCUUCUCUCGAACGGACAGUGUCCCUGAGGUCAACGAGAGGUAGAGGGUCGAGGUCAGUGAGCUCCCUGGAGCUGAAGAACGCCUACGCCUCGGGGUUCACACCUCGGGGAGAACACCGAGGUCAGGUGACGCCCACCUCCAGGUAUGACUCCCGGGCGAAGGAGAAGACCAGCGGCGGCCACAAGAGGAGGUUAACCCUCGGUCUCGGGAGGCUGAAGCACGACAAGAAGAAGGAGCGGAAGGGAAGCAACGGCAGCAAGACCAUUGACUCUGACCCGGCCAGCGCUGGCUACGACACUGUGGACAACAGGUCUCACACUAUUGGCGGCAGACAUUUUGACUUCGGUGUGGACAAGCAGGACGUGGAGAAGUCUCCUGGGUACGACAUCAUGACCCCGACGGAGAUCUACGAGAAGAGGACGUCCAAGGCUAAAUCUGGCAAGGAUGGUGACAACGUGGAGACGACUCCUGGCCAGGGGUCAGCCAGCCAGCAAAAUGAAACAAAUUCUGAACAGAUCCGAGAACAGUCGCCAAGUCCUGAGGGAGGAAUGUCCACGUCUAACCCGGACACACCAGGAGACAGGUCACAAGACGGAAGUGGCGGAGAUUCUUCCAAGAAAGACACCGAGAGAGAGCGAUCAGCCUCCGAGCUUACUGCAGAGUCAGUGACCGGGAGAGCCGCGCUGAAAGACAAGGUUGAGAGUGUGAAGACACAGAGCCCUGACAUGGACGGUAGCUACUCUGUACCUGGACCACCCCGCCCCAUCUAUGACACACCGCCGCCUCCCAUAGUCGUCGCGGCAACUCGUAAAGCUCGACAAGAUGGCGGCGCUACACCCCAACACUCUAAAGAAGUUAGUGGGGAGGUGCAGAAAGUCCCAGAGUCCCCCAGGAGGGAAGGAUUUCCAGAGCGGCCCCUCCCGUCACCUCCAUCAGCGGACCCUAAACUAGAUGAAGCAAAACAAUCCUCCGGUGAUAGAAGGGGAAGCACAACGCCGGGCAGCACUGUGCAGCACACCGACGUACAGCGGACAAGGAGUGAACAGCCACCAACACCCAAAGUCGUGAAAAAGCAUCAAAUGGUGAGACGCACCAGAAGUGAGCCCAGGACGCGACGCAGCGACUACCACCCCCUGAACCUGGCGCUCACCAAGACGGACACGGAGGCCAUGCAGACAGUCAUCGACGACCACUUGAUCAAACACAACAUUAAGGUGAUGAACGAGGCGGGUGUUGACAUCGCGGCUCUUCCGCCUCCACUUCAUAAACCGGCCAUCAAGACUGCUUCUAAUGCCUCCACUACUUCCGCCGCCUCCUCGGUGGCGUCUUUCCGCACGAGACCCUCCACCCUGGACCUCCCCAGCCAGGCCGGUAACCAGCCGGUCUCGGGUCUCACCCAGGAGAGGCCCAGUUACGACCCACAAUUUUAUGGUUCAAGGUCGUCUUCCCUCCGCUCCAAGAGGUCGUCCUUCAAGCCAGCGCCGCCCGUCAGGUCCCCAACGACCAAACUUACGACGGUGGGUCGGCGAGACUCCACCUCGAGUCAGUCCUCGAGUUCUUCCAAGUUAUCGACGCCUGGCCAGCAGGUGGUGCGCCGGGCCAAUUCCCUCACCUCAGUCUUCAUGGUCCAGGAUCCCUCGGGCCAGAAGGUGCAGCCGUACGCCGCCGCGGUCGCCACAACCCAGACCUUUAGCCCAACAUUUCCUUACCAGGGACCCUCGAGGCCAGGGCUACCCGUCGUGUAUCAGUUACCCUCGGCAGCACACACGGCUCCUCCAGGUGGGGCACAACAGCACUUAACACGCCAGACGGCUUCAGAACCUCGUCUUCGUAAAGUACUGGCCCCUGCCGCCGCCCAGGCUAUCUUCACAUCCAUGCCACCGUCAAGAGUGUCGCCUCCAGUGGUAGUCGACGCCGUCCACAAGCCUCGGAGGUGGUCACUAACACUGUCAGACCUCGCCCAGUACCAGCAGGCGACGCUACCAUCGCCAGGGAACCACAAUCGGCAGCUGAAACAGAGCUCCUUCAGGAACUACCAGCAACAUGUGCAGCCAUCCAACAGGGGCACCGCCUCCCACCACCUCAUAGCUAACCGCGACGUGGCCAGAGUCGCCGUCGGUAACUGGGUCGCCCACCGCUUGGCUCAGUUCCCGCCAGAGAUACAGUCGCUGUACAUCGGCCACAAGUGGUCGUACAGCAGAGGUCGUUCCCGCCAAGGACGACCUCAGCCAAUCAUACACGAGGAGGUGGAGGACGAGAUGUUUCAAACUCAUCCUCCAGUCAGCCCUCACCGCAUGCUGAAGACCAAAAGUUCGAGUGACUCAGAUCACUCUGUGGGCGGGCUACGGACAGCCUCGCUGGACCGUUUAGGGCGUAGAUCUCACGCCCACCCAGCCGCCCACGCCCACGCCCACACACCCCACUACACCCUGCCCAGGCGCCCACAGAACGCCCAGAGAUACAGCCAACCUCAGUCUAAGGGGAAGGGCUACGGCUACUCCCCUCCAUCGGCAGUGUUCGACGAUGACCCCGGCAUUAUGUCUGAAGCGGAGACCUCGUCCACGGGGUUCCGCAGGGGAGGGAAACAGCGAGCCUCCCUCCCUGUUUCCCGCACCCCCUCCACCAAGACCCUCGACAGUAGGAACUUUGAGAUGGAGGAGACCAACUCAUACUGGGAUGAGGACCCGGGCAUCAUGAGUGAGGCGGAGACCUCCUCUACCGGCCGCGGGAGGAACCUCAAGCCCCGCACCUCCCUACCCAUCGUCCGCACCCCCUCCAAGACCCUCGAGCGACCCUUAGGUCUGGUUUUCCUUCAGUUUCGAGGGGAGACUAAAAGAGCGCUCUUGCCUAACGAGAUCACCUCCCUGGAUACGGUCAAGGCUCUGUUCGUCAGGUCCUUUCCUAACCAGCUGACGAUGCAGUACCUUGAUCUUCCCUCAGUCAAGAUCUAUAUCCAUGACUCCAAUAAGGACAUGUUCUACGACCUGGAAGACUUAGGCGGGACUUGCUUUAUCAGCCGGAGACUAGAGAGAGACAUCCGUGACCGGUCUGUCCUAAGGGUCUUUGAGGGUGAGGGAGUCAACGGCCAGGGCGGUGGAGCCUGGGAGCAAGAUCAGUCCUACUUCAGCGAACCCGAGUUUGAUUCAGACUUUCAACAGCAACACGUACACAACAAGUCUAAGAGCGGGAAGUCAGGGGGGUACUACAUGACCCACUCCUACCCCCCAGGAGCACCGCAGCCCAACGCCGGGGUGGCGCCCAUACCCAGGGGACCAAGACCUCCCUACCCCGCAGAUGUUGUGGUGUCUGCAGCAGGGGGCGUGGCACCCCCUAAACCUCAGCGGUACGCGGGCGCUCCGGGCGGGCCGGCGGGUGGGCCCCCAGGGCUGAUGGGCAUGAAGGGCGGCUUGCGGCCCUCGGCACCCCCACCCGGACCGCCCACGGGGCCUCCUGACGGCCCACGCCCACAACACAUGGCGCGCUCCUACUCCUCCUACUCCUCCUCGCCAGAGAGACUCGACCUCCUGUACUCCUCGCAGGAGCGGAUGCACGGAGAUGGGUACCUGUCUUCCCCCGAGCGUUCACCCAGACCUUACGGGGGCAGCGGGUCCUCCUACCUCACCCCUACCCCGAGUUAUGAGGAUCCUUAUUACGGGGGGCAAUACGGGUCAAGGUCUGGCUCCGUCACCCCCAUCAUCGACGAGGAGGCCAGGUCGGCCUUCUACAGCAUGCGUGUGGAGCAGAUGGAGCGUCAGCUGGCGUCAUUGACGGGUCUGGUACAGAAGGCACUACACACGGGGGUGGCCAGCUCCCCCAGGCCAGAGAUCAUCCCCCUGGCCCCUCCUCCUGCCGUAGUGGCCGCCGCCGCCGCCGCCGCUGCCGCCGCCGCUCAGGCCUCUUCCAACACCGAGAGGGACGGGGCCCCGCCCCCGCCCAACAGGGCCACCAACGACUUCCUCCAGGUUCCUACCAGCUCCUCCUUCUCCAAGAGCUCAGACGACACUUACCUCCGACCAGACACAAAGCCGCCAAAAUUAGGAAGGGGUAGAGAAAAGUCAGUCUCGUUUGAAAAAUCCGUGUCAUUCAGUGACGACCUUCCAGAUUUGAGUACGCCGCCUAAGCAACAUGUCCCUGCAGCCGAGAAACAGCCUAUCAAGCCAGCCAUCAAGUGCUCCACCCUACCCCGGAUGUCUUCCCAAGUCCCACCUGCACAUGCCUGGCUCUCCCCUCCAGUGCGCAGGCGCGAACCCAGACGCCCCAUGACGUCAUUGUCAGACUCGUUGAGAAAUAUUGCAGAGCCGUUGAGACCAAGCAAGCCCGCUCCUUCGUCUAAGCCACAACCGCCACCCAAACCACCCAAUUUGAUGCUCACUCGUCCAUCUCUGUCGCUACAGAAUUCGACAGACUUGCGCCUCUCCCCCGAAGUGUACAACCAGCUUCGAGUACUACAGAAGAAAGCCAAGGAGCUCAGGACUGAUGUAAGGAACCUUAGAAAGACUUCACAAGCAAAUGCUCUCACUAUGAAGGAAAUUCUCAGAGACACAGUGACCAAAAUAACGACGCUGCUACAGUCCAACGAGGCGUCUUUACUGCAGGGGUCAGCGGACGCGGAGAGGGUCAGGAUACAGCGUGAGGAGGCCUCGUACAGGCAGGAUAUGACCAAGCUGGAUAAGGAUCUAUGUGACUUGGAGCUGAAAGUCGAGGAACUGCGCAACAACGUCAUAAAUAGGCGGCUACGAGUUAAUAUGUCUGAUGUAGAAAAUAUGGCGCUAAUAUUAUCUAGAUCAAGCAAGACUGUCGCCGACCUAAAAGCAAAAUUCCCCAUACUUCAGGAUGGUCUGAAAGGCCUUAUAUCUGCUGAAAUGGAAAAAGCUUUUUGUAAUGAAAAGUUCCUGAAAGAAGAGCCAGACAAGUUGGAGAGUGCACUGCGACGUUGCAAGAAACUCACUGGUACUUUGGUAACACUUAAGAGAUACGUCUCUGCCACCAGGUUAGCCUCAGUGCAGGAGCAGCGAGUACCCCCCAACGCACCCGGCGGUGGUCCUAUUGUUGGUGUAGCUAAUGGCGACCCAAGAGCCACCUCUCCUACGCCUGCUGAGGAUGUUCGGGCAUCGUCAGCUAAGCCCGGUGUUGUCGCGAGCCCUCACCUGGCAUCCGCCGCCGGAGUCGGAGCCGAUGGACAGCCGCGCCUACGUGCAGAGAACGCACUCGACGCUCUGUUAGACGAGCUGCAGACCUUUGCAAGGCCGCCGUCUGAGGCCAGCAGCCGCAAGAGUAGUGUGGACGUGACCCCUGCCACCCCCUUGGCCACCAUGGCGCCUGCAUCCUUCACUGUCACCUCUGCCCUCACCACCAGCACUGGCGUCAGGCGGCUGCCGUCCUUCCCCAGCUCAGACUCCCAGUCCUCACCAGUCAAGUCACCAGCCAAUGUGUUCCCUGGGGCAUCCAGUACUCUCCCUAGGGCGGCCAGCCAAGCUCCCCUUCCGCCCCCUCGGGAUGAACAUCGCCUCAGCUUCACGUCUACGUCGUCAGGGUCAGCCAGGUCAUCGCCACGCAGCAGCAUCAGCGGAGAACCACACCGCUUACCGCCGCCCCCACCACCGAGAACAUCAUCCAGGUCACCAAUGUUAUCACCGUCGUCACCAAUGAGUCCAGCACCGCGGUCGGUAUCAGUGCCCCCAGGCGGUAUAGUGGCAACUAUGGUAGGUGGAGUACUGAGGAAUGCCGAAGGUCGUGAACUAUACGGCCCCGUGCUGCGUCAGCGACCUCCCCUAGGACGAGGAUCAUUCAGCGAAGAUUCCACAGCCUCAUCUGCCUCCACUAAUAGCUCAACCAGCAGUGCCAAGGCUGGCCAGCUGUCCUCCAACAGUAGCAGUACUGAAAGUGUCAACUCUCAGGAAGGUGCUGGGCCACGCCAGCAGAACACGAGUAAUGUGCCUCCAACACCACCACCCAAACAAAGGCAAGAGAACCUGGAGGCACGACACCUGGAGUUGCUGAGGCGGCAAAAGCAACUGCAGGAGCAGUACCAGAGGCUACAGUCACUGCAGAGGUCAGGAGGCCGUCCAACACCGUCAAACAUUGACUUGAAGAAGACGGGGAGUGAGAGCAACCUGACAGCUCGGCUGGGGCUGUCCCUAGCUCCUGCAGCACACGGGUCACUCUCUAACCUCACCUCUCCAAACCCACCCUCCCACACGAACACCCUUCCCAACCCCAAGACUUCUUCUGCUGCCUCUACAGGUGGGAUCGACCCUCACCUCACCACCAAACGCAGCAGUGGAGGCCUGGUUGAGACGGAUAUUCUCUGAAGAGAAGCAUCCCUGUUGAUAAACCAGGCAAGAUGAAGUCCUUCCCUAUUACAGGAUUAGGAAAUGUAAAUAUGUAAAGUUUAUACAUACACAAAAACUGCCAACAGAAAGACUUAAGGAAGACUAACCUUGCAAUAUACGCUUUAUUUAGGGCUCAUUUUGCGUCAUUUGACAACGCAUAAUUUUUUGUCAUGGUUAUUUAGAAGUUGAUCUGUCAUUACAAAAAAAAUCAAAAAACUUUUUGCCUACCAACUUUCUUAGAUAAACCAAGAGGAGUUUGAUAAUUUUUUUUCACUUAGUAACAUCGAGUCCCCAAAAUGUCGGAUACAACUAUUGCUCAACACCCAGGACGUAACAAGCUCUCAGCUGAAGGCUCUCACUACAACUGCUGCUCUGGUUGACACUAUCAAGGACCAGCUCAGACUGCCUCAUAAUAUAAUAAAGCAGUUCUAACAGCCCGGAGCUACACACUGUAUAGUAGAUCUGAUGGCAAAAACUAAACUUAGUAGAGCAGUUCUGGCUGGUUGAAAAUAUUCAUCAAAAAGCAGUUCUGAUAGCCUGAUGGAGUAGAUGUAACUGGAGUCCUUACUGAGAGCUGCAAGCAGUGCUAAAAUUACGUUAAGACGUAUGCAAGUCUGUGAUCUUAGGGUGGCUGCCUUGUGGUUGUCAUUAUUUCACACUUCACUUGUAUUUUUUAUAAUAAUGUCAUAUCAGCGGGGAACGGAGACUUUUGUCGUAAAAUGAAAACAUGGUGAGUGAGUAUCAGUCUUAAGUAUUACCUACCAGCUGUAUCACUUUGCUUGAAUAUAGAAAUUACUGUACUUCUAUUACUGUAUACUGUACAUGCAGAGAAAACCUUGUGGACUGCUUUAUUCUUAGGAAAACAGUAAAAAGACAAUACUAACCAUAUUACCUGUAGUAGUUUAAAAAGUAUGGAAUUGUACUGGUAGCUUAAAAAAAUCCUGUACAUAUUAACUUUAUGCUGAAUAUUCAUCAAAAACAGUUCACAAAUCUCAAGUUUGACUGAAAAUUUUGAUGUACAGUAUUUCACUUAAAGUUUGGAAUUUUAGCUAAAUGGGAUAAUAUAUCCAUGUAAACUGUUUGUAUAAAAUAUUAAUUGAAUUCAGUAUAUUUGAAAAACUUGCUAAGAGUUCUCGACGUGGGAGGAGAAUCUAGAUUUCCAUGAAUUGUUAAUGAAAACCGUAUAUUUUCAUCUAAAUACAUUUAUUAAUGGCUGAUACUCCACUAAUCAUUUUCACUACAAAUCACUUUGAGAACUCAUUUAAUACUUUUAGUAUCAUGCUUAAUGUAGUUAAUAUUUUUAUUUCCUUGUAAAACUUGUGUGGAGAGAGUGCCAGCAUUCUAGUGUGUCAGUAGCCAGCAAUGUUCACAAAGAAGUCCCAUUAGUAUUGACAACUAAAAAUUAUUUACUUGGGAAGCUUUGCAACAUGACUGGGGCCACUUGUUGCUGGAACUGUCUCAGCUGGUCCUCAGGGUAGCCACCUGUUACAGGAACUGUCUCAGCUGGUCCUCAGGGUAGCCACCUGUUACAGGAACUGUCUCAGCUGGUCCUCAGGGUAGCCACCUGUUACAGGAACUGUCUCAGCUGGUCCUCAGGGUAUCCACCUGUUACAGGAACUGGCUCAGCUGGUCCCCAGGGAGUAGUGCGGACUUUGUCGUUAACCAUAUCAUCCAAUCCUUCACUCCUCCAACAACUUUGAUAGCUUGUAGUAACUUUACAUGAAUUUGCAUUUCAGUUGAGGUUUUGAUGAUAUGAUAAUUUUGCAUCCUGUGCUCCCCUGAUGGAGGAAAUUGUGAUGUCUUGUGGAGUAACCAAUCUCUAGGAUUGACAGACUUGCGGUUCAUUUUAUCUUCUCACCACAAAUGAAAGGAAAAUUUUGUGUAAAUAGAUUUUAAAGGUGCACAUGUUUACGUGACUCGUAUUGUAAAUUAUGUAUUUUUAGUUUUUUCUCCUUUGUGGCGAUAUUUUGCACAAAUUCAUAGUCACAAUUUAAAUUAUUAUUGCCAACACUUAGGGCCAUAUUUUAUGGGGAGGUUCAACGGAGCCAGGUUUGAGCUUUUGUCCUAUUGUUAUUCAAAUAUUAAAACUCUAACUCAGACUUAAGUUGAUAUCGAAGAUGUUAAUAGCUGCAAUAAGUUGUGAAGAUAUGCUCUUAUGGGAUUGGUCAGUGACAUGAUAGUGUGAAGGAACAGUUCCCUAGAUAAUAAUAUUUAGGGAAUCUGGAUGGUCCGGUGGACUACCCCUUUAGGUUUUGACACCUUAUGACGCAGGUUUAUAUCCCAUCAAAGGACCAUAAUUGUUUUUAUAGAUACUGCAGUUAAAUCAUAUAGCUGGGAACUUAAGUUGAAAUCAGUGAAACUGUUUAGCUAUAUUUUUUGCUUAUACAGUUUAAAGUGUUCUUAAAAUUUAUAUAUAUUUGGACAAAUAGAUUAGAAUUAGUGUAUUAUAUCUCAAAACUAAAUACUACUGUAAAGUCAACUGUGUUCAGUGCUCAACCUUGGCAAUCAAACUUGUAAAAUAUGGCCUGAUGACAAAAAAAUCUUGUUAAUGCAGGCAUAUCUUAAAUAUUUGUUGAGAAAAUGUAUCAGAUUUUAGCAUCUCUUAUUAUAUAUGUCAUUCAGCACAAUCGGCAAUUUAUGUAUGUAAGGGUGAGCAGUGACUUCUCUUCGGUCCUUCUCCCAUACUGAAUUUAGAAGAUGUGACCCGUUGUUUUGAUUAUGUGUAAAGCGUCUGCACUAUGGCUUAUGAUAUGAGUUUCAGGUAAUGUAAUUAUGUUUUGAAUUUUUUAUGUCAUUGCACAAGCAGGUAAGUUAAUUGAUAGUAAGUUAUUUGUUUUGUAUGGCAAUGACAAUCCAUGGGUAUCCUACUUGCUACUAUAUCAGUCUGUGGCCUUUUUUUCUAGCACCUGUUGUUUUUACUAGAAGUUAACAUAAUUUUUACUGUAUAUUUUUCCAUCAGAUGUUAGUUAUUUUGAUUUUGUAAUUCAGAUUUGUAAUAUCCUGUACAUGCUUUACAGUGUGUGUAUUGUAAGAUGCAAAUGAUGAUACAGGUUAUGUAAUUCUUGGCAGAUAAUUAUUUGAGGUUCUUAAGUCACCCAGAUUAUGUUUCCUUGGUCGUGUCUCUUCGACCCAGUGUUAUGCAUGUGUGAUGCUACCUGUUAUACUUCUGCUGUUGAAAUCUAUUUUAUAUCAUCCCGGCACCUUACCAUAAGUUCAGCUUUACUGUUGUCUUCAGAAAAGCAAUAAUUCACAUCUAGAUUACCAGUUUAGAGAAAAGAUUCUAAGGUAAAAAAAAUAGUUAAGACUUACACCAGGAGAUGAGCCAAGGGCAAGAGACAGACCACAAUAUUAUCAAGUGUAUAUAAAACAUCUUCAGUGUGUGUGUGUGUGUGUGUGUGUGUGUGUGUGUGUGUGUGUGUGUGUGUGUGUGUGUGUGUGUGUGUGUGUGUGUGGUGUUGUUAAAAAUCAAUGUUGACUGUUUAACAUCAGAAUCUCCAGAUGGCUUUCACUUUCACACAUGUUUCAGUAUCUUUCAACUGUGUGCCAAAGGUCAUAUGGACCAUUUUCUACAGACUGAGUGAAAUAAAUGAACGAUAUUUUGUUGUAGGUUGUGUUAGUAUGGAACAGCUUUAGAUAGGAUUUAUACAUUGUGAAAUGAUAAGGAUAAAUUUAUAGAAACAAACUACCUCUGUGAAAGUGAAUGGUGUAUCGUCUUGUGAGAUGAACAUAACUGAAACUUAAAUGUAAAAUUUUUGAUUGUAUAGCGGCUGAAGAUUCUUGUGAAGUAAAAGGAACAAGACACAAAGUUGUCCUCAUGCAGUCACUUCCUGGUAACUGAAGGAUCUUGAGGGCAUAAUAUUAAUACUGAAACUCAUAUCAUAAUCCAAUGAUAUUUUUGUCUAAACUCUUUUCUUAAACCUAUGGAGUGACAGUGUUUCCUUCAGGUGACUUACAAUGAUAUUCUUUCUUCCCCAAUUGCUGAAAACAUUUUUGUCUUCUUUUUCUUGGGGUAUUUUUAUGUGUCAUUCAAAAGUUGAUGCAGUUCUUCAGCCUUGUAUUUCAUUUAGCUUUUUUCAAUUUACUUUAGCCAGUACUUCAAAAUGUGUGGUAUGACAGAUUGUUCUGUGACUUAGUUAGAGGUCUGCUAAGGGUUAUUUUCCCAGUGUAAAGCUUUGAAAAUUAUUCCUUAAUCCCAUAGGUGCCUAGGGGUGAAAACUGUGUCUGAGUAUCAUCCCAUCAUCUAAGACCCAAACUCUCUUGUAUUUUGUGGGAAUUGUAUGAUCUGACUUAGAUUUGACUGGUUGGCAACUCAGGUAAUGUGACUACAGUAAGUUUGUCACUUGUAACAGAAUGACCAUUUAGGUUCCUGGACAGUGCAUCUUUAGUAGCAGGUGAUGCUCAUAAAAUAAGUUCAUUGUUAUCAAAACUGAAAUAUUGAAGGUAUAUUUUAACAUGAGAAUAUUGGAUGACAUGAAAACUAUGAAAUUUGUAAUGAUAGUCAUGUUAUUCAAAAGGUGCAAGAUGCAAACAAGCAGCAUUCACUGGCUCCUGCUUGAGCUAUAACUUAAGGAGUACAGUACAGCAGUAGUCUUCUCUUCAAAAACUAAAAUAAAAUUGGGUCUUUCUGAUGUAACAUGUCAAGUGCUUCAGUUUUGUAAGAAUCAGUAUCUGUUCAACCAUAGUUAUACUGUACAGUACAGUAUGGGUAUAUCCUUAUGGCCAGUUGUCUUUAUUUUAUGGUUAUGGUGGUUAUGGGGAAGUCAUAAGAGUUGCAAAGGGUUCUAUUGUUUCCUUAAAUACCACACUAAAAUUGCCAAGUGUUCACUUGUUCAGCCAUAUAUAUAUAUAUAUAUAUAUAUAUAUAUAUAUAUAUAUAUAUAUAUAUAUUGACACAGGAAGUCAUCCACUCACAGUUGUGUUGGAGAAGUUCUUAAACCCUUUAAACAGGCAGAGGCCAAUUUUGGUACAUUUUUAUUUUUACAGUGACUGUAAAUCUGAAGGGCACUACUACCUGUAGUUUACUCUAAAUGUCAUUAUCUUUACAAAUACCAUAAAGACAAAAGUAUGAAGAAGCAAUGAUGACGUUUUUAUCCAAUUUUAUGUAAUAUUCACAUACCCUAAUAUUGUACUAUAAUAAUAACGGAAUAUUUAUGUUCAUUUUGUUGAGGAAGUCAGACAUACAGUAUAGACAACAAACAAAAUACCGAGGAAUUGGGGACAUAAGGGAUUAGAUUGCCUCUGAAUAGGUUCCAUUCUUGCUCUUUUUGUCACCAUCGCUUGUAAUUGUUCAUGUUUUUUCGCCUUAUUAAUAGUCAUUAAAGAAAAAGCCUUUGCAAAAAUGUUGAAUAAUGCAUGGAUAGUUAUUGUGAGUCAGUUCUUUGUAACUUACCUUGAAUUUCUGUAAUAUAUAUUGUAAUUUUAUAAGGAGUAUAGUCAUUUUGGCUGCUACAUAAAUAAAUGUGCUAUUCUGGUGUUGAACAUGAAGGCCAUCCCGGACAGUGCCGGCUCUUGCAAAAUAUUACUUUUGCUCUUGUCUUUUGUUUUCCCUAAUCUGAAUAUUAUAGGCCUCUCUGCUCUGUUAUUCACUUUCCUUCUGAAUUUGCCUUUUUAAAUGUAGCUUAGAGCUUUUGUUCUUCACUCGUAAAGUGAAAACUUUUUAUAAAAUUUUCAAGAGCUAGCUAGGGACAGCAUUAAAAGAGAUGGUAUAUGUAAUAUAUGUCCUGUUAACUCUUAUUUCAAUGAUAAAAAAAGAUAUGUUUGCCACAAAUAAAACUGCAAUGAUG